AGAAGUGGGGUUUGAUGAACCGGCCGGGGAUCCUGAGCUUGCUAUGCUGCAGCGGUUUCGCUGAAGAACAGAUGGGCAUCGGAGGUUGUUGCCCGGGAAAGAAAUCAAUUUAACCUCCACAAAUCCAUUGCUAGCGCUUUCCUGGAAAAUUAGAAAUCCUUAAUCUCGAAGCAUGCCCGUUUCUAGGUUUAUUCUGUUUUUGUCCAAGCGUCGCACCACAAGAGAGGUUUUCUGUCUUCUUCCAAGCCAGCUGCUAUACUAGGGUUUGCGGGGAUAGCAGCAUUUUUCCAUUAUAACGAUGAGAGAAGAGCUGUUCCUAAAGGUUGAAUGUUUUGCAAAUUUAGUACUCGAGACUAGCAUGGGACCGGGAGCUAGGAAUGGGUCUAAGUUCCAUUUAUUUCUGACUUUAUUUGUACUGUUGUGUCAAAAUGGAUGUAUUAUCUGCAAAAGAAAAUCAAAUAGUCAGGCUGAUCACCGUUGUGGAAAUACUGUUGGGGGACCUAUAAUUGGGGGUCCUUUUACUCUAAUUGAUACGGAGAAAAAAACGGUUACAGAACAUAAUUUUCUUGGGAAUUGGGUUCUUCUCUACUUUGGGUAUACCUCAUCCCCCGACCUGGGGCCGGACCAAGUCAACAUUAUGGCCAAGACAAUUGAUAUAUUAGAAUCAAAACAGAAUCUUAAGAUUCUACCGGUAUUUGUUACAAUUGAUCCUCAACGUGAUAGUCCCUCACAACUUCGUGAAUACCUUAAAGAGUUUGACUCAAGAAUAAUAGGGCUCACUGGCCCUGUGGGAGCUAUCAGGCAGAUGGCCCAAGAAUAUCGUGUUUAUUUUAAGAAGGUAGAGGAGGACGGUGGCGAUUAUCUUGUUGACUCUUCCCAUAACAUGUAUUUGUUGAACCCUAAAAUGGAGGUUGUGAGAUGCUUCGGAUUUGAGUAUAACGCGAACGAUUUGUCAAGAGAGAUAUUGAAAGAACUGAAGGUAAGCACGUCUUGAUGCCUCUGAUGAAUGGUCAAGGGUUGACGGUGAUGCCAAUUGCCUAUUGAUUGAGUAUCGUCUUCUUCCACCUCAUCUGAUCAAAUUGAUUUUCUCUGUCCUGGUCUUUUUAGCAUUUUCUUUCCAAAUUACGGAGAGAACACUCCAAAUUUCUGAAAUUGUUCUUCAUUUUCAUAAUGCUGAAGCUGGAAAGAAGGCCAGAGAAAGUGAGUUAACAUUUGUCAAUUAGAAAAGCUACUGGGGGUUUUUCGAAUUUUGAAAGGCGGCGUUCACUUCUUUGAGUGCAUUGUAGUUGUCUGUGUUUUUUCGAAUUCGCUAGUAGGAGUCGCAUGCUUGUGUCUCGCCUUGUCAACGUUUAUACAUGCGACCUAGUUAUUGGAUGAGGCGAUCAUAUAUGAACUAACUAAUAUGUAAUUUAAAUUAGUGGGGAAAUUGACACCGACUAGCCCUAAGGAAGCCAAGCGCUAUAACGCUGCUGGUACUUUCAUCAUUAA